AUGACUGAAUCAUUCGAAGAUAAAUUCAAAACAGAACUCUACAAGAAGCAUGAAGUGAUCAAAAAAAUCUUUCAAAUUAUUGAAAAUGUGAAAGCAGCUGCUGCACAAACGACUGCAAAAACUCGUCAGGAGUACUACCUUCUUCAAAAGUAUGAAGUACUGCAAUGCGGAGAUGUUGAGAAAUUGAUCAAAAGAAGAAGCAACCCUGAGCAACAACCAAUGUACUAUGUCAGCAUUGAAGAUACGUAUGAUGUUAUCAAACGCGCACAUAUUGCAACAGGCCACGGUGGUCGUGACCGAAUGGUGAAAGAGAUUGGUAAGAAGUAUGUCAACGUUACACGCGACGCCAUAGAGCUGUUUAAAUCCUACUGUUAUGAAUGUCAAAAGAAACAUAAACGUCCACGAACGAAAGGAGCCGUAGUUCGUCCUAUUCUUACAAACGAAUUUGCAUCUCGGGCUCAAGUUGAUCCUAUCGAUAUGCAAUCAAUGCCCCAGCAUGCAUUCAAGUGGAUAUUGGUGUACCAGGAUCACCUCACUAAGUUUGUUAUUCUCAGAGCUUUGACUUCCAAGCGCGCUGCAGAAGUUGCUCAUAAUUUGUUGGAUAUUUUUCUUUUGAUAGGUGCACCCUCCAUCCUACAAAGUGACAAUGGUACUGAAUUUACGGCUGAAGUAAUUACGGAAUUGAAACUUUUCUGGCCGAGACUUGUCAUGGUACACGGUAAACCUCGGGCGUGCUAA